GCCACGUAAUGUUGUGUGUCGCGUCGACGAGGUACGUCUCUUCGACAAUUAACGGCGAAUUACACCGUAAAAAGUGCAAUGCACGUCUCAUGGUGCAGUGAAGUCUAAACUUUCCUUCAUUUUCGUCGUGGUAACCUCGUCCAAAAGUGACGUUUGGAAGUCAUCGAUAUGUCUCAACCAACAGACUAUCAAUAUCAUACAUAUGGAAAUGGGGGUAACUUAAAAAGUGGUCCCCCUCAAAUGGUAAAUGGACAAGCAAGUGCGACACACCAUAAUGGCAUGCAAUCAACAAAUUAUAACUUUACUGGUACCUCAUCAUCACAGUCAUCACGAGAUCCAUCUAGGGAAACCUCAAGAGACCCAUCACCAACUCCAUAUCUUCACAAUCAGUACAGGUCACCUUUACAACGACCUCCAAUGCCUCCAGUAAAUGGUCAACAAAAUCCAAUAAAUCCAACUAAUCCAAUGAACAUAAUGCCACCACCACCAUCAUCAGUAAGGUUGCCCCAAAGUCAACAAUAUCCACAAAUGUAUAAUGUACAGAAUCAGUUUCAAAUGCCAGUUAUGAAAGGUCAAGCCCUGCCAAGAGAUGAAUCAGUAAAUUCACAAGUAAAUACACAAAUAGAGCCACCAAAAGCAAUGACUGGAUUUGAUCAAAACUUGGCACAGAACUCAGUAUCAGACUCAAAAUCUUAUAAAACUGACGAUUUAAAUAUUGUACAAGGUGUGCAAACAUAUGUGCAGCAACAAGAACCACAAAGUGCAAUUCCCACUACUAUGCAGCAAACUAGAGGACAAAGUAUUUAUCAACAAAAUUUUGGAGGACAGAGAGUGUAUCCUAAAAAUGUAUAUAAUGUACCACAUUCUACCACUAUACCAAAUACAAUGCCUUAUGGUAUGGUUGGUAGUGGGCAGGUUCAAUCAAAGGUUCCAACUCCAACAGGAUUUCCAGGGCAGAGAAUGUAUCCAAAUCAGCCACCAAAUCCAAUGAGUAUGUCAUAUGAUUCAAUGAAUAAACGAUAUUCAGAAUCAUAUCCUGAUCAAAUGAAUCAAUUAAAUAAUCAAAUGAAUAUGAUGUCUGUUGCCCAACUUGGAUACAAUAAAAUAUGGGGAAUGGAGAGCAUUGAUCUUUUGCAAUGUAGAAACAUUCUACCUGCAGAGAAAGUAGAACCACCAAAGAUCAAACUUCAUCAAGAGUUUCUAGACAGUGUUAAUUGUAGUCCAGAUAUUUUCCGCUGUACACUUACGAAGAUUCCUGAGACGAAUUCUUUGCUGCAAAAAUCUAGAUUGCCUUUGGGAGUUUUAAUACAUCCUUUCAAAGACUUAAAUAACUUACCAGUAAUACAGUGCAGCACAAUAGUUCGAUGUCGUGCUUGUAAAACGUAUAUUAAUCCAUUUGUAUAUUUCAUUGAUUCAAAAAGAUGGAAAUGUAAUCUUUGCUAUAAAGUAAAUGAAUUGCCAGAAGAUUUUCAGUUUGAUCCUGUAACAAAAUCAUAUGGGGAUCCAUCAAGGAGACCAGAAGUAAAAACUAGUACAAUUGAGUUUAUUGCACCCAGUGAAUACAUGCUGCGUCCACCACAGCCAGCCGUGUAUCUCUUUGUUUUCGACGUAUCGAGACUGGCAGUAGAGAGUGGUUAUCUGAGCAUAGUUUGCAACGUAAUUUCAGAAGAAUUAUCAAGACUGCCAGGUGAUGGUAGAACCCAAAUUGGAUUUUUAGCAGUAGACUCUGCAAUACAUUUUUUUGGAAUACCUGAUAAUGUAUCACAGCCUCAGGAAAUGAUCAUGCUUGAUAUCGACGAUGUGUUUCUUCCAUGUCCGGAAAAUUUAAUCGUUAAUAUGAAAGAACGGGAAGAAUUAAUAAGAGAUUUAUUGGCUCAAUUGCCUACAAAAUUUCAAGGAACUCAUGAUACAAAUAGUGCUUUGGGUGCGGCGUUGCAAGCUGCAUAUAAACUUAUGUCACCAACUGGUGGACGUGUGACCGUCUUCCAAACUUGUUUGCCAAAUCUAGGUCCAGGAUUAUUACAAGCAAGAGAAGACCCAAAUAGUAGAGCGGGAAAAGACGUACCGCAUUUAAAUCCAGUCACAGAUUUUUACAAAAGAUUGGCGUUAAAUUGUAGUGAGCAACAAAUCGCAGUUGAUCUAUUUCUAUUAAACUGUCAAUAUUGUGAUCUAGCUACUCUUUCUGGUAUGUGCAACUUUUCUGGAGGUUGCAUACAUCACCUUCCUCUAUUCCGAGGUUCAAAACCACAACAUGCAGAAUUUCUCGAUAGAAUACUGAGACGUUACCUCACCAGGAAAAUUGGUUUCGAAGCAGUGAUGAGAAUACGAUGUACUCGAGGGUUGAGUAUUCAUACUUUCCAUGGAAAUUUCUUUGUGAGAUCAAUUGAUCUUCUUAGUUUACCGAAUGUCAAUCCGGAUGCUGGUUUUGGAAUGCAAAUUUCUAUAGAAGAAAACCUCUCAGAUGUGCAGAAUGUCUGCUUUCAGGCUGCUUUACUUUAUACAUCAAGUAAAGGUGAAAGAAAAAUUAGGGUACAUACAUUGUGCCUACCAGUAGUAUCUACUUUAUCUGAUGUCCUUCAUUCCGCUGAUCAACAAUGCAUAGUAGGCCUACUUUCUAAAAUGGCUGUAGACAGAUCUCAACAGUCUUCUUUGUCUGACGCACGAGAUGCUCUGAUAAACGUAGCCAUAGAUGUUUUAUCAGCCUACAAAUUGUCUCAAUCAGUAGCCUCUGGUGGACUUUUAGCUCCAGCAAGCUUAAAAUUACUGCCUCUUUAUAUUAUUGCUCUGCUCAAAUGUGUUGCCUUCAGAUCAGGAACAAAUACGAGACUUGAUGAUCGAGUGUUCGCAAUGUACCAGUUGAAAACUCUGCCACUGUUUCAAUUAAUUCAAAUGAUUUAUCCAGAUCUUUAUCCUAUUCACACGCUUGAAGAUCGAAAUGUGAAAGAUAUUAGUGGGAAACUAUGCCCCCAACAACCUAGACUGCAUCUUUCUGCGGAGAAACUUGAUUCUAGAGGUGCUUUUUUGAUGGAUACUGGCGAUCGAAUAUUUAUUCUGAUCGGCAAGAAUAUCCAUCCCUCGUUUUGUUGUAAUGUGCUCGGAGUUUCUGCUUUUCCCUCGAUACCAGAAGAACUCUAUGAGUUACCAGAGAUUGAGACGGCAGAAAAUGAAAGGUUACGCAAUUUUAUAUUUAGUCUGCAAGAAGAAAAGCCCUAUCCAGCUUCUGUACAAAUUAUUCGAGAUGACAGUCACUUCAGGACGCUUUUUGUUGAACGAUUAGUCGAAGAUCGUUUUGAGAAUUCUUUAAGUUUCUACGAAUUCUUGCAACAUCUUAAGACUCAAGUGAAAUAAUAAUAAAAGAAAUCAUUUUGGGGUUAAAUGAAUACAAAAAAAAAAAGAACAAACAGAUC